UUUAUGUGCGAGGCCCUUUAUACCAUGAUUGUAAUCUGUUGCAUUUGUUACUAUGUGUACAAUUUGUGAUCUAUCAUUUAAUUUAUAUGAAAUAAAAAAAUUGUGAAAAAUGAUCGUAGCUAUUGGAUUCGAAGGUAGCGCGAAUAAAUUGGGUAUAGGUAUAAUUCGCGAUCAACAUAUAUUAUCGAACGUACGUCAAACUUAUAUUACUCCACCAGGAGAAGGUUUUUUGCCUCGAGAGACAGCACAACAUCAUAGAAGGCAUAUAUUGGAUGUUUUGCAAAAUGCCUUGGACGACGCAAAAAUCAGUUUGAAAGAUGUGGAUGUUGUUUGUUACACAAAGGGACCAGGAAUGGGAGCGCCGUUGACAGUCGCUGCAUUAGUAGCUAGAACUAUUGCCCAAUUAUACAACAAGCCUAUGGUUGCAGUCAAUCACUGCAUUGGUCAUAUUGAGAUGGGACGUUUAAUUACCGGUAGUGAAAAUCCUACAGUUUUGUACGUUUCCGGUGGAAACACUCAAAUUAUUGCGUAUGCUCGACAAAGGUAUCGCAUUUUCGGUGAGACGAUCGAUAUAGCGAUUGGAAAUUGCCUUGACAGAUUUGCAAGGCUGCUAAAACUUUCGAAUAAUCCUUCUCCUGGAUACAACAUAGAGCAGUUGGCAAAAAAAGGUGAGAAAUUGGCAUCGUUACCAUAUGUAGUGAAAGGGAUGGAUGUAUCAUUCUCUGGUAUUUUAAGCUAUAUAGAGGAACAUCUUUCUGAUUGGUUUGAAACAAAAGAGUUUACUCCCGAAGAUUUAUGUUUUUCCUUGCAAGAAACUUUGUUUGCCAUGCUCAUCGAGAUUACAGAGCGUGCAAUGGCACAUGUGGGAUCAAACGAGGUAUUAAUUGUAGGCGGUGUGGGAUGUAACGAAAGACUGCAGGAAAUGAUGGGCAUUAUGUGCAAGGAAAGGAACGCGACUCUUUAUGCGACGGAUGAGAGGUUCUGCAUAGAUAAUGGUGUUAUGAUUGCGGUCGCCGGAUUGCUUCAAUACAAAUGCAAGAGUAAUACUCCUUGGAUGCAAACUACUUGCGUUCAGAGAUAUCGAACGGAUAACGUGUAUAUUUCCUGGAGAAAAUAAAAUAUUUUAUUAAGGAAA